CUUCGGUUCAUACUGAAAAAUAAGGAAUGCCAUCUUUGUUUGUGAGUUAACUGUUUGAUAUUCCCCUAAUACCCCACCAUGCCUCGUUGCGAACUAUCAACACGCAUAAUACCAGCAACCUGUGCCUGGACACUCCUUUUGGGGGCAUCGGGGCUUUUCUUUGCAUUUAUAUGUCCAUAUCUAUUACAUCAAUUUUCCAUAGCCAUCCCCAUCUACCAAGGUAUUCUGUGUUUAUUUGUCAUCGCCAACUUCGGCUUAGCCACGUUUAUGGACCCUGGGAUCUACCCCAGUGCCCAUGAAGACGAAGCAAGAGAUGACGAUUUCCGUACUCCAUUAUACAAAAAUGUAGAAAUAAAAGGGAUAACUGUACGGAUGAAAUGGUGUACAACAUGCCAGUUCUACCGACCUCCGAGGUGUUCCCAUUGUAGUGUUUGUAAUAAAUGUAUAGAGACAUUUGAUCACCACUGCCCGUGGGUAAACAACUGCAUAGGAAGGAGAAACUACAGAUAUUUCUUCCUGUUUUUAGGAUCAUUAUUUAUUCAUAUGAUCAGUAUAUUUUCGUUGAGUCUUCUUUAUAUUUUAAAUCACAAAAGCAAUUUAAGCAACGUUGGAUGUAUAGUAGCUAUGAUAGAUAUGAUAAUUAUUGGUUUAUUGUUGGUUCCUGUGGGGGGCCUCACAGGGUUUCACCUUGUCUUGGUGUCUCGAGGGAGAACAACAAAUGAACAGGUAACAGGGAAGUUUAAAGGUGGCCACAAUCCAUUUACACGAGGGUGCUCAGAUAACUGUAAAUAUACGCUGUGUGGGCCACGGUGGCCCAGACUGGUAUCAUAUGUGCCUAAGACAAGGACUGUUCAAAUAGACUCUGCCAAGGUCGUGUACCAGGCCGCAGACAAAGAUGUUAAACUCUACACAGACGCCAAUACCAAUGGGAUCAAACGUAAUACUGCAGUGGUCAACCGAAAUGCCCCUCUCACCACACUCCUACUGGAUGAUGAAGACUCACAGAGUAUGGACAGCCAGACAAGUCUGGGAGCACAUAUCCGCUCAGACUCUUACACAAAUCUUUUUGACACUUCUCAGCAGUCUGUGUCCACGCUGCCACCUCAGCCAACAUCUGUGGGUGCAACACUUCAUGCCAAUCACACCAAUCACACAGCACAGCGUGGAUCUCCCAAACCACGAAACUAUUAUGACCGAACUUCUCCACAGAGAGGGCGUCGAGGAAUGUCAAAGGCACCCAUGGCCACACCUGAAGAGUCGUUAAUCGCUACCUCACCAAUGGAUAAAGCAAUCCCACCCAGACAUGCUCUAAAUAGUCCUGGGUCGGAGCGUGCCCCUUAUAUAUCCAAUGGUCGACAGAACAACAGCAAAGGCCAAAGGAGUGAAGGAUCACGUUUUCCAGCUUAUGAAACCCAACAGAAGCGUCCUGGAGAUUCCCAGUACCAACUAAGUAGUUCUCAGUCAUACCCGGCCCAGCUAAGGGCAGGGUCCUCUACUGCCCCUAAAUCAAGUGCUUCAGUCCCUCAGUAUCCUCCUGUAGGCUACAGCGCUCGCUCAUACAAAAAUAAUGGCUACACUAGUGGUGACCAGGACACUCCGCGUGGCCGCGAGCGAGUACCACAUAGUAGAUCCGACAAUAUCUCCGCCGGGAGACAGUAUACUGGGUCACAUCCGACAAGCUCUGACACUCGAGCUAAACGCUCCUAUGAAGCGCUUCCCCAUGACCACAAUCGGUCAUACUCAUCACAACAACCCUCGGUGCCCAAAUCCCGGACAAUGCCGGCCCAGGGUGCAGAGGCCUAUUUUCCUGAUGAUGACUACAGGGCUAAUUCAAGACGCCCUAUGUCUUUUGUGAAAGCUUUAGAAAUGAGUGAAAUUGUAGAACAAAAAGAAAAACAGCAACAACAAAUACAAAAAACACCACCUCACAGUACUAGUUUCUCCAGUAGUUCCCAUACAGUCAGUGGAAGCAGCGAUAGAAUCUCCCGACCAGGGAGAUCAGUCCCUAUCCAGGGGCGGUCAGCCCCUCAAUCACAGGUUCAUCCUCGAGGCAGAGACAGAAGUCGGGACGAAAAGAAAAGGAGUCUGUAUGAUUCUAGCUUUGAAGUGUCAGUGUGAUAGUAUAUAUUCUAAUUAAUGACACGAAAGACAAUUUGUAAGAGUUGUUGUGAUUGGUGGACCUUCCUGUCUGAUUUUUCAUUUUAAAAGAGACAGCAUCUUUGGUCCAUUUGUGUACCAUAUGAUGUUUGAAUGAAUCCUUCCACAUUUAAAUUACAUGUGUUUCCAUCCUUCAUAUAUAUAUGUAUAUAUAGGAGGGAAGUGUGUGAGAUUAUAAAUACAGGUAUGUUUUAUGUAUGAUUGUGUAUGUACAGUAAUUUCCUAUAUCAGGGAAACUUUACUCUUAUAAUCCAUUAUGUAAUAAUUGUGAUGAGAAUUUAUCAUAAGGUUUAUAUAUCAAUUUUCUUGGACCAGUCAUUACUCAGACUCUAAUGAUGAUCCAAGUCAAAACAUUUGUAAAGAACAUGUUUAAAAAAAAUUCAAAAUUUUUAAAAAUAAUGGAUAUUUUUAAAAUGAUAGGAUUAAGAAAAUCCAGAGAUUUGUGGAACCUGUUAAUCUAGUCACUUGACAUCUUCUAUAUUAUUUGACAAUCAUGUAGAUAUUAAUUGAAUACAAACUUUAUCACCAUUUGUUCUGAGAGAUAACUGGCCCAGCAUGUGUAUAGUACCCUUUUCUAAGCUCUAUUUUCACCAUUCAGAUUUUAACUGAUACCUUUGGCAUGUACCAAAAUGUUUACACAUUUUUUAUAGUGUAUUCAUCUGAUUUGUCUGUUUAAAUGUCUCUCCUGACACAGAUAUUAAUUCAUAAUCAUGCAUCUUAACCUAGGUAAGGAACCACUUGUUAUUUAGGGUCAGUUACUAAAAUGAAAAUAUUAACUUGCCUUUGUGCUUGCAUUCAUUAUAAUGGCCAUCAAUACCAAAAAAAACCCAUUCUGGCCCCUACUGCAACUCCCAACUCAAUCCCUACCAUUAUCCCCUUCCUUGUCCUUAUGGCUGCCCCAAACUUGACCCCUACCACAAGCCCAACCCUAGCCCUACUGCUACACCCAACUUGACCCCUACCACUACCCUCACCCCGGCCUCUACUGAAACCCAACCCCAGCUCCAACUCCCCAACUCAACCUGUACCACUACCCCAAGGUGGCCCCUAUUGAUACCCCCACCCUAGUCCCUACUCCAAAUUCAAUCCUACCACUUCCCUCACCCGGCCCGACCAUUACCCUCACCCGACCCCUACCAUUACCCUCACCCGACCCCGACCACUUCCCUCACCCGACCCCGACUAUUACCCUCACCCGACCCCUACCAUUACCCUCACCCGACCCCGACCAUUACCCUCACCCGACCCCUACCAUUACCCUCACCCGACCCCGACCAUUACCCUCCCCCGACCCUACCAUUACCCUCACUUAACCCCUACCGCUAAUCCCCAUCUCUUCCCUUUUCUCCACUUUAUUAUGUAGACUUAUUACAUGACAAAAGCCCAUACGUUGCCAUCAAUUAUCCUUUGAUUUAACAACUCCAGAAUUUGGUGUACAGUUAAUUUAGUCCCAUUCAGUCCUCUAGAUGCCAGCAUUGUGUUAGUUUUUAAAGAUAGAAGUUCUGUAACACAUCAGCUACUGCUGGUUAUUGGUAAGGACUGAAAAUGUAGGAAGCAGCUUUAACUUAUUGUAGUGAUCUAGAGAUGAAAAAUAUUGAUAACAAUAGAGAAAAUUACCCCUUGAUGUGAAAUUUGAUGUUCAGUUGUGUAGUAUGUUCUUUAACCCAUGCCAUGUACAUAAGAUAAACCGUCUAGGAUGUCAAAUAAAACCCCAUAUUAACGUACCUUUCAACUUCAAAAUCUUCGCCUAAAUGUGAUUGUUAUUUAGCAUCCAUUUAGAUUAAGACUAAUAAUUGUGUAUUUACAGAAAAAGAUAUGUUGAAAAAUGAAGUGUUAUCGAAGUAAAAUAAUAGACAGCUCCAUCAAUUUGAUUACAAGGAAUUAAAACUUUGCCAAGUAUUUACUGGGGUUACAUACUCCUCCAUUUUUUUUUUUUUUUUUUUUUUGUGGCGCUUCAUCAACUUAAUUGUUGCUGCUGUGUAAAUAAAUCCAAACCUAUAUGUGACUGACAGUAUCAAAUAAAGAGUUGGUAUGAAGGGGUUAGUAUUUGACUAUACAAGUUUACAAAUCUUUUUUUGUAGUGGGCUGGGGGUUAUUGAUUUUUGUCCUAUUACCACCUGGGCUGGGGGUGUGUAUAUACAUAAAAGACAAAAAUCAUUGACCCGUAAUAUUUUACUUUGGGGGAUGUAUGUAAUUAUCCUCUUCUAAAUUUUAGUGUGUUCCAAUAUCAUUUCAAAGAAAUACGUUACUGUAUAAUGUAUAGGUGUGUGAUAUAUCGGUAAGUAAUCUUGUCCUUGAUUUUUAUUGAUAAUUAGGUCAGGCAUUGUUUGAAAAUGGCCUUUAUGCAAAUGUUUUAGAAUUUCUGAAUACAUGUCAAUUUUAUAGUCACAAAUUUUCUAAUGAUUUAUUUUAUAUGUUAAA